AUGGAUAUAAUCCUUUGGGGUGUUGCUUCCUUUGGUGUUCGGAACCUUCCAUCAACUGAUGUAGCAAAGAGUGUCGGAAAGUAUCUACAGUCUCUCUGCGGUAUCAAGACUGAGCGUCAGAAAGGCCCUUUGGGGCAUGUAUAUUACUUGAAUGAGCUUGACGGAUUGAUACGCCAGGAAAUGGGUAAUCCUGAUAUACGACCUCACAUUCGCCAUUACUGUGAAGAUAGUGGUCAACAUCUUGAACAUGCAUGGCAAGCGCAAGCUUGGAAAGAGCUUGAUCCGACCCUUGCAACACCUAUGGUUCGAAAGGGUAAUCAGGACUUCUUUGUUCAUGAGCUUGCACGCCUUGACAAUGGAACCCUGACUAAUACCAUCCAAUUUCCGGUGCAUCAACUACAAUCAUCCUUUCCGUACUUGGUUGAGAGUUGCAACUUGGAUCAGAUUCCUAGCCCACAUAAUAUUCUUGGGAUUCUUUCAGAGAAUGGCUGCGAGUGUCUUCCUUGGACACUGACUUCCUUCGAAGAUGGUUUUGCCAACCACUGGAGAGUGUUGGCGAAGGGCCAUGAGGUCUUGACCUUUGCCAUGUGGCUAUACUGCGACGAUACCUCGGGUAAUGUCUCAAAAAAGUGGAACAAGCAUAAUUCGUUCCUAUUUACAGCAGCUGGUUUACCUCAUGAGCAUGUGCAUAAGGAGAGCAAUGUUCAAUUUCUUUGUACCUCGAACCUCGCUCCUCCUCUAGAAAUGCUUGACGGAAUAACCACCCAACUAGAACAUGGCCAGAAGGAAGGGUUUUGGGUCUGGGAUGUUCAAAAGAAGGCAAUGGUUUUGAUGAUCCCUGCCGUUCUUGCGAUGCUAGGGGAUAACCCAAUGCAAAGCGAGUUCUCUUGCCAUGUUGGACUGGUUGGGAAGUAUUUCUGCCGUUGCUGCUUUGCAAAAGGUCGCGACGCUAAUGAUGAACAAUCAGCUUCUGCAACAAAAGAUGUAGCUGACGACACCUCCAUUCAUUCCAACGCAUCAACCGAACAAGAAUCAGACUCUGGUGCUGAGAAGAAAGGUGGACGUCGGAAAGAAACCAUUCAAGAAUUGAUCUCCCGGGCUAAACGGUUCAUCACGAGAACAAUUGACACACUCCACAAUAUGUUCAUUACGUCCAGUCAGCUUGGUGGCAAAACCAAAGCCAAAGAAAUGACAACAGGAACGGGAGUCAAGGACACCUUCUUUGGACAUUUUCAAGAUAAAAUAUUCGCAUUUAUCAGAAGAAUUCCUCAUUCGACUCCCACAGAAGAACGACAGGGCCUCGUUGAUGACUUCAUUGCUCAAAACAUACCACCAGAGCCAAGUUGUUUUAGUCCGAUCUGGCGUAUGAAAGGCCUUGAUCCUCAUCGUGACACCCCAGUUGAGAUACUCCAUGUUAUUCUCCUUGGUUUUGUGAAGUACUACUGGCGCGAUGCCAUAACACGGCUCGAUGAUCACCAAAAAGAAACACUCAAACAUCGCCUCUCUUCAUUGGAUGUUUCGUCAAUGGGUCUUUCUCCUUUGGCCGGGGAAACACUUGUAAAAUAUGCACGUUCCCUCACAGGUCGAGACUUUCGUGCUAUUGCACAAGUUGCGCCCUUUGUUCUUUAUGACCUUCUCCCAGCAGAGUGUUAUGAAGCUUGGUUAGCGUUGAGUGCACUAAUCCCUUUAGUAUGGCAACCAGUCAUUCUUCAUCUUGACACCUACUUGGCUACGCUCGAACUGGCUAUCCAACGUUUCCUGAAUUGUGCUGCACACUGGACACCUCGUUGGUUCAAUAAGCCGAAAUUUCACAUUAUCUGUCACCUGCCUAUGCAUAUACGUUGGUUUGGCCCUGCCAUGCUAUAUGCCACCGAAGGCUUUGAAUCAUUUAAUGCUAUUAUACGUGACCACAGUGUUCAUAGCAAUCACCAGGCUCCCUCUCGAGAUAUUGGCAGAGGUUUUGCCCAGUGCAGCCGUGUACGGCACCUAUUACACCGAGGGCUGCAGCUUUGCCCAUCGUUUUGGCUCGAACCGGUUUUGGAAAAUGGUGCAGCCCUGUUGCCUCUGCUUAUGGUCUCAACGUGA